GUCUCUCGCGCGCUCUCUCACAGUCACAGGCUGAGGGAAAUCAAGGCAGCGUUUCUUCUUCUCGAGCAGCACUGAAGGAGUUCCGCGAUCAAACUUUAUCGAUUAAUUCAUCGUUGGUUGUGUUUUCUUCAGCAGACCCGUGUGAAUGAAGAUGUUGAGCUGCUGUGUGUUGACAAAUCUGAGCAUCACAUUUCAAUAAACACCCAAAAGGUGGCUGAUCAGGGCAGGUAGACAGAUUGAGAGGUUUUGAGCAGCACAGAAAGACAGACAGACGCAGCGAAUGUACUGGACACAAUGUUACUGAGGAUUUCUGGGAAGUCUGCGGUGGGCAGUGGGAAAGAGAACAGCGCCGGCACAGCACCUGUGAUUCCUGAGCGAAUGUUAUUGUGUCACUGUUACCAUUACUGUCCUGAGGAUUCAAUUAAUAACACCUGCAGGACUAAUGGUUACUGCUUUACUAUGGUGGAGGAAGAGGAGGGCGGCUCUCCGGUUCUCACAUCUGGCUGUCUGGGAUCUGUGGGUUCAGAGUUUCAGUGCAGAGAAACAGGAAACGCUCGGCUAAGGAGAAUCUUGGAAUGUUGUACAGAUCAGGAUUACUGUAACAAAGACCUCCAGCCAAUCUUACCUCCGCUUAAGAGACCUGAUUUAGACAGCAGUCUUCAUCAUACGGCUCUUCUGAUCUCUGUGAGCGUCUGCUCUAUCAUCCUGCUCUUCAUCAGUUUAUUCUGUUACUGCAGGUAUAAACAUAAGGAGACCCGAGCGCGCUACAGUAUCACUCAUGAUGAGACUCUUAAACCCGCUGGAGAAUCCCUGAGAGAUAUGAUCACCCAAUCACAGAGCUCAGGCAGCGGUUCAGGACUCCCUGUGCUGGUGCAGCGGACGGUGGCGAGACAGAUCCAGAUGGUGUCUCAGAUCGGGAAGGGUCGAUACGGUGAGGUGUGGAUGAGCCGCUGGAGAGGAGAGCAGGUGGCUGUGAAGGUUUUCUUCACUACAGAAGAGGCCAGCUGGAACAGAGAGACUGAGAUCUAUCAGACCGUCCUGAUGAGACAUGAGAACAUUCUGGGUUUCAUCGCUGCAGAUAUCAUAGGCACAGGCUCGUGGACGCAGCUCUAUCUGAUCACAGAUUAUCAUGAAAACGGCUCGCUGUACGACUACCUCAAAUCCACCUCGCUGGACACCAAAUCACUGCUGCAACUCGCACAGUCCGCCGUCUCGGGUCUCUGUCACCUACACACUGAAAUCUCCGGCACGCAGGGAAAACCGGCCAUCGCACACAGAGACCUGAAGAGCAAAAACAUCCUGGUGAAAAGCGACGGCACCUGCUGCAUCGCUGAUCUGGGACUAGCCGUCAAAUUCAUCAGCAAGAAGACUCGGACUGCAACAACCAACCGAUUCGAUGAAUUCAAAUACACUAUAUGGACAAAAGUUUUGGGACACCCACUUCCAAUGAACAGUGACACAAAUGAAGUGGACAUCCCACCUAACACACGGGUCGGUACCAAACGCUACAUGGCACCGGAGGUUCUGGAUGAGAGUUUGAACCGGAGUCACUUUCAGUCAUACAUCAUGGCAGAUAUGUACAGCUUUGGUCUCAUUCUGUGGGAGAUGGCGAGAAGAUGCUCGUCUGCCGGGAUUGUGGAUGAAUAUCAGUUACCGUAUCAUGAUCUUGUACCCACUGACCCUUCAUAUGAGGACAUGAGGGAGGUGGUCUGCAUUAAAGGCCAGAGACCCUCAUUGGUCAAACGCUGGAGUGGUGAUGAGUGUCUGCUGCAGAUGGGUAAACUCAUGACUGAAUGUUGGGCUCAAAAUCCCGCGUCUCGUCUGACGGCACUGAGGGUAAAGAAGACGCUCUGCAGAAUGUCUAAAAGUCAGGACUUUAAACGAUGACUCUACUGAAGCGCCAGCACAGCGGCUUUUACUCCUGCUUUCUGUGAAAGCUCAAGACGGAUGGAGAAACCUGCAGGACACUUCAGAGAUAAACAUCAUGUGUUUACAAGAACACAUCAGACCUCAGACUGGAAUGAUGGACCACACAAUGACAUCUAUAAAGAAAAUCAUUAAAUCUGUAAAUCAACAUUGGAUUUGUUAUGCGAUGUUAUUUUCUGAAGAGCUUGAUGUCGAUUUCUUGUAAAUGAUGAUGAACUUUGAUGUUUGGCUCGUGGUCGUUCAAAACUCUGUCCUUGUAAAAUAUGAAUGUAAAUAUUGUAUGUUGUUUCAUUGGUAAUGUUUGUACAGGAUUCAAUCUUUCUUGUGCCUUAUUUAACAUGUACACUUCUAAUAUUUGAUAGUUUAUCUAAAUUGAGUGAAAUUAAUGUAUGCGUUUAACAUUCCACCUUUAAUAAAGUGGAUUCAUUCUGAGAUUCU